CUCCAAGUCCUGUGGCAGCGAGGAGACUUGCCCCCCACACAAACUGAAAUGUUGUCCUUUUCAAAAUCCAUCUGUAAACCUCUCCUCACUGCGCCAAAUAUACGACCAUUCACAUUUGCCGGCUUCCAUUUGACCCGAGGGCUCGGAGCCGAUCGCUUCACACUUCAAGAGACCGAUCUAGAGGAACAGUUUGUCUGCGGUUGGGGACCCGGCGGCCAGAAAAUCAACAAAACCGCCAACUGCGUCCUCCUAAAACACAUUCCCACAGGCGUGAUUGUGAAGUGUCAGGAGUCUCGGCAAUUGCACCAGAACCGUAAGUUGGCUCGCGAGCGCCUACGACUGCGGGUAGACGAGUUGUUGAACGGUGAGGAAAGCCAGCUGGCGAAGGCACGUCGCGUCCAACGCCUGAAAGAAAAUAAAAAAUUUUCUCGAGCCAAGCGGCGGCUGGAAAUGAAGGCCGCCUUCAAGGCCGCGCUUGAGGAGCCUUCUGAUCCCACCUCAAACUCUACUACUCCGUCUACUUAA